AUGCUUGUUUUGACGGUUUUGGGAUUUGUAUGGACGAUACGGGAUGUCGGUUUGGAUGGUAAUAAGGUUGUGGAUAGAGUACUGGGAAUAUAUAGGUCAAGGCUACCAAUAUCCAAUUUUGCUACCAACGAGUCAUUGGUCAUAUUUCCCCGUGGGUUCGAGUUGAGAGCAUCCAGAGAUUUGACUGACUAUUACAGAAAGCAUUUCAAUCCUGAUAAGAACAGGGAGUUUAAUUCUGUUACAUUUAAUGGACCACCCUCAGCUUUGACGGAAGCGGUCAAGCAUGUCGACUACCAUAAUCAUGAGAUGACGAUGUAUGAUACGACGAAGGAUAUUUCGAGUGACUUAAAGAAAUGUGAGUCAGAGAUUAGUUCCAAAUUUAAAGUUGAUAUCAGUAAAGCUAAAAAGCAUGAUGAUUCUCUCUCUAAGGUUGUGAAGAAGUUGGUUUACCAGUUGGAAAAUGAUGAUGCUAUGAAAGAACUUCGGAGUUUUUUCAAGAACGAUUUGAAAAAACAAAUAGAAGAUGAAACUGUAGAUCAGCAUUGGUAUAAAUUUGCAGGAACCUCUGUGUGGCUACAACAAUAUGGUGUACAUUUCAUGAUAUCGAGAAUGUUGUACAGUCCUUCCGGAAAGAAGAAUGAUCCUGUUAUGAGUUUGAUAUUUGCUCAGGUGUAUAAUGAACGGUGGGAGGAAUUGGACGAUGUGGAGUUAGUUGUUCCUACUAUCGAUCCAGUAACCAACGAGAGAAUCUAUAAAAAUUUACAAUUCCCUAGCUUUUUGCCUAUUCCAUUCUAUCAUCAGUCUUCUUACGUGAACAAGAGAUGGUAUGGACCUGAAGAUGCCAGAAUGUUACUUGUUAAAAACGAUGACGGUUUGGAUGAACCAUUGAUAGUAUUUAAUGCUUAUCAUCGUAAGGUUAAUAAGCAAGAAAACAUUAACGAAGCGGCAUCAAAAGUAUCACACGAAUUCUACAGAUCUAUGUUUAUGGGAUGGCCUUUUAGAUUUCAGCAUGGUAAAGAAAAUGUUGAUGGUAUUUCAAAUGCCGCAACAGACGAUAAGAUAUAUAAUAAAGUUGUUGAAUUGAGGAGAGACGGUACUGAAAGAUUGAAAGUGCAAAAGAAUUGGACCCCUUUUAUUAGUGUCAAAGAUCGUUUCGAUGAUGGACCUGAUGAAAGUAUCUAUUUUGUUUAUAGAUGGCAGAACUUAGAAAUCUUGAAAUGCCAAUUAACCGACUUUACCCACGAUUAUGCCAAGUGCAAAUUCGAGUACAAACGGGAGGAAAAGUUACUGCCAGAUGAACCAGUCGGUGCCUUGAGAGGUGGUACAGAAAUGAUAAGUUUAAAUAAAAUAUCACCAUCCGUUAAUGCAGCUAUUCAUCCAAAUAAGGAAGUAUGGAUUGGUUUUGCGAGGGCUCACCUAGUGAAGUGUGGUUGUGGUAAGGACAUGUAUCGCCCAAAUUUAGCACUUAUUACUAGGGAGGAUAACACAUUUAAGAUUUCUCAAUUGAGUUCUUUCUUCUCCUUAGAUAUGGAUGUCACUGGAUGGUCAAAUCCUGAUGUUUUAUGUCAUCCUAAGGAACCAAAUGCAUUAAUUCCAAAUGGGAUUUCUAACUGGGAUAUUUCUACUAUUAAGUUGGGUAAAAAGUACGUCACUGAGGACUUCGUCACGUUAUCAUUAUCCGUCGCUGAUGCCACGGUACAUACUAUACAAAUUAAAAAUUUGUUGCAGAACGUUCUCUCUGAAACUUCUGCGCUUACUUACAACCAAACAUUAGGUUACUCUAAUGAUGUCGUUGAAUGUUCUCUUAAAGCUUCCAACGAAUUCUGUAAUGCAUACGGUCAAGAACAAUUUAAACUUGGAAAAGUUCCAAUUUAG